AUGAACGGCAGAUACGACGCGACAUCAUCGCGGCCCAAGAUCACGGUGCGACAACUCAAUCGUGAUCAUGCCAACUUCAUCCUCGAAAAUGUCGACCUCUCCUUCGCCAACUCAUUGCGAAGGAUCAUGAUCGCCGACAUUCCUACAGUAGCGAUCGACAUGGUGGAGAUCAGGAACAAUACGACCGUGUUGCCGGAUGAGAUGUUGGCGCAUCGACUGGGUAUGAUUCCGUUGCUGAGCAUGGAUUGCGCCAAAGCGUUGGUGGACCACAGGGACUGCGCAUGUGAAGAUGGCUGCGAUCGAUGUUCCGUCGAACUCACACUACGCGCACGCUGCACCACACGUGGCAACCUCGAAGUGACCUCUCGCGACCUUAUACGUUCCGACACCAUCGAGUCCGCCACGAUCUACGACGACGAUGCCAUGAACGAACCCUCCGCCCCGAAGCACCCCGACUUCGGACGUCCCGUCGGUCACGACGGUUCCAUCCCGCCCAUCAUGCUCGUCAAAAUGUCCAAGGGUCAAGAGCUCGACAUCCGCUGCAUCGCACGCAAAGGUUUCGCCAAAGAACACGCCAAAUGGUCCCCCUGCUCUGCCGUCGGCUUCGAAUACGAUCCGCACAACGCACUGCGUCACACCACCUACUGGUACGAAUUCGACGCCAAACAGGAAUGGCCCGAAGGUCCCAAUGCCGAAUUCGAAGAGCCACCGCAGGAAGGCGCUCCCUUCGACUACAACAAGAAGGCGGACAAGUUCUACUUUGACGUCGAGGCGAGCGGAAGCAUGCAUCCAGCAGAGAUCGUCGAGACAGGACUCGGAUUGCUCGAGUACAGGGUGGCGCAAAUCGUGCAGGAGUUGAGCAUGUUGGACGAACAACCUGGUGCAGCAGGUGCGGGUGGAGAUGGCGGUAUGACGGACUACGGUGUAGGGGGGAUGAACGGUGGCGACUUGAACGGUGCAGCAGAGAUGAACGGGAAGGUCCGCAAAACUGUUCGAACAGUAAAGCUCAUUCCAGGAUAUCCUCACAGCGGGCGACACAAGCCACGAAACCGAAAAGACUGCUUUGAACAUGACUAUGAUUUCGUUUCUACCUGA